CCAACCACAACAAUAGUCGUAGAUACCAGAACAACUUCUGCACCAACAUCGACAACAGCUGGAGCACUUCAGUGCCAAAACUGCACAGAUGAGACGUGUUCAAGCACAGUAACAGUGAACUGUUCUUCAGAGACCAUGUGUGUUACAGCUACUAUUUUAGCUACCUCAUCUGGAACUACAGCAACACAAUUCUACAAGGCGUGUGCAUCUUCCUCUCUGUGUCCAGCUACGGGCAAUCAGACAUUUUCAGUUAACCUGGGUGUUCAAAGUGUUCUUGCAUCUGCCACGUGCUGCAACACGGAUAACUGCAACUCACAAAAUCUGACUGCUCCUACUCCUCAGUCAAGUAACGGCCUACUAUGUAACGUUUGUGUCGCCUCUCAGUGCAACACUACAUUACAGUGUCAGGGAGUGGAGGACCAAUGCUUUCAAUCAAUGAUGACGAACGGCACCAACAGUUUCCCAGCUUACGGCUGUGCAUCUAAAAACCUGUGUGCAGCUGCUUCAAGCCUGGGUUCUCUACCUUUCAUGCAGAUGGUUGGUACCAUAACAAGUGGACCAAACUGUACUUCAUGCACAACCACUGCUGCACCAACCACAACAACAGCUGCUCCAACCACAACAAAAGCUGCUUCAACCACAACUACUGCUGCACCAACAACAACUACUCCAACUACGACCAUUGCUGCCCCAACCACUACAACAACUGCUAAAACCACUACAACAGCUGCUCUAACCACAACAACUGCUGCACCAACCACAACAAUAGUCGUAGAUACCAGAACAACUUCUGCACCAACAUCGACAACAGCUGGAGCACUUCAGUGCCAAAACUGCACAGAUGAGACGUGUUCAAGCACAGUAACAGUGAACUGUUCUUCAGAGACCAUGUGUGUUACAGCUACUAUUUUAGCUACCUCAUCUGGAACUACAGCAACACAAUUCUACAAGGCGUGUGCAUCUUCCUCUCUGUGUCCAGCUACGGGCAAUCAGACAUUUUCAGUUAACCUGGGUGUUCAAAGUGUUCUUGCAUCUGCCACGUGCUGCAACACGGAUAACUGCAACUCACAAAAUCUGACUGCUCCUACUCGUCAGUCAAGUAACGGCCUACUAUGUAACGUUUGUGUCGCCUCUCAGUGCAACACUACAUUACAGUGUCAGGGAGUGGAGGACCAAUGCUUUCAAUCAACGAUGACGAACGGCACCAACAGUUUCCCAGCUUACGGCUGUGCAUCUGCAAACCUGUGUGCAGCUGCUUCAAGCCUGGGUUCUCUACCUUUCAUGCAGAUGGUUGGUACCAUAACAAGUGGACCAAACUGUACUUCAUGCACAACCACUGCUGCACCAACCACAACAACAGCUGCUCCAACCACAACAAAAGCUGCUUCAACCACAACAACUGCUGCACCAACCACAACAACUGCUGCACCAACCACAACAAUAGUCGUAGAUACCAGAACAACUUCUGCACCAACAUCGACAACAGCUGGAGCACUUCAGUGCCAAAACUGCACAGAUGAGACGUGUUCAAGCACAGUAACAGUGAACUGUUCUUCAGAGACCAUGUGUGUUACAGCUACUAUUUUAGCUACCUCAUCUGGAACUACAGCAACACAAAUCUACAAGGCGUGUGCAUCUUCCUCUCUGUGUCCAGCUACGGGCAAUCAGACAUUUUCAGUUAACCUGGGUGUUCAAAGUGUUCUUGCCUCUGCCACGUGCUGCAACACGGAUAACUGCAACUCACAAAAUCUGACUGCUCCUACUCGUCAGUCAAGUAACGGCCUACUAUGUAACGUUUGUGUCGCCUCUCAGUGCAACACUACAUUACAGUGUCAGGGAGUGGAGGACCAAUGCUUUCAAUCAACGAUGACGGACGGCACCAAGAGUUUCCCAGCUUACGGCUGUGCAUCUAAAAACCUGUGUGCAGCUGCUUCAAGCCUGGGUUCUUUACCUUUCAUGCAGAGGGUUGGUACCAUAACAAGUCGACAAACCUGUAGUUCACCCACAACCACAACAACUGGUCCUCCAACCACAACCACAGCUGCCCCAACCACAAGAACACCUGCAUCAACCACCACAAUUUCUGCACCAACCACCACAAUCGCUGCACCAACCACGACCACUUCUUCACCAACCACAACAAGAAGUAAUGUAUCUUCUAUUAGAAUGAAUGUAAUUCCUCUUCUACUGGGAGUCCUUUUCUUUCACCUCUUUUAAUAAAAGGAACUUCUACUUUUCUUUUGUAGUUGGGAUUUUCUUACAUCUUAUCAUAUUUAAGUGUCUGGGAAAAGCUGAACACAUACUUAAGACGCUAUUACCCCUUUCCAAGUGACUUCAAAAUUGUAAUUGUUUACAUAAUGUUUUAAAUACAAAUAUAUUUAUCUAUUUAUGAAAGUCAUUGUUUAAAUGUGUUGAAUAAAUGUAGUAGUAUGCAAUAUAUGAGUACAAAUAAACAACUAUAUACUCUACCAGUAACUAGUUAUCUGGGAAUUUUUGGUCAUAUGUUGAUAUAUAAUCAGUUGUCUAUUCAUAAAAAAAUCUAUCAAAUAUCAAAUGACUUAACUAUUCAGAACAGUAUUUCUAAAACUAGUUACGGCAAUCACACCCAAAAAACUGAAAAAAAACCCCAACAACAACAACAAAUGUGACAGUAAUAACGUUAUAAUUCAUCUGACAUAAGGGUGCACUUUUUUUUUUGCCUGUCCCAUUUGGUUUUUUAGCCGUCAGAAUUGUUGUCUGAAGAUCAACAA